AUGAUGGCAGGCGCGCAGGCAGGCGAAGAGCCUGUGGAGGCGGGCACUUGCGGAGAUGUGGCCUUAGACCAAGCACGGAAGGAAUCUUUACCCGAAGCAACUCAGGAAGAGUUGAUCGCCGAGGCAGCAUGCGAAGACUUGAUUCUGGCGGCGCUGGAGGAAUCAGCUGAGCAGGCAGCGUCGCCUCCUCUUCAGACGAAAAAAUCGGUGCGUAUCCUCGAGCCCGCUAGACGAUCCGCAGCGUUUGACCUGGAGACUCCCGAAGGACGGCCGAGUCUCGCGUUUGGCCCUGAGGAUGAGGAAGCCGAGGCGGCAGUUCAAGGGGAUGAGGGAGACGAGGUUGAGGACAGCGAAUUCGACGUCGCGAACCAGAGGCGGAGGGUGUCGUACCUUCAGUACUUUGGCCUCGCCCCCACACCCCAAGAGGAUGAGGCGGAGGAGCAAGACGGCGACGCAGAGCAAGGAGUGAAGAGUCCCCGCCAACGGGAACACAGGAAGUCCUCCGCUGUCUCCAUUCUCUUUGAUGCAGGCGUGUUUAACCACUGGACAGACAUCUAUCAAACGAACAGAGCUUGUCAACCUGUUUUGUUGAAAAAGCUUCCACUGAGAGUCGAGGCCGUCGACGGAGGCGAGCCGCCAGUCGUCGUCGGGACGAGAGACUUCUGGGUCGCAUGCCAUGCCCACGGGAAGUCGUGCUAUGGCCCUGCGCCCGCCCCCUGUGACGACUGGCCGAUGCAGGACCGGCUCGGGGUGGUUAUAAAACCCCAGAACCAGUUGAUCUACAGGGCCCCCAACCAGAAUUCCACUGCGACUCUACAAGUGUAUCCUAUAUACACUGAUGUGAAGGGCGAGAGGUUUAUUCGACUGGGUGAACCUGACGCUACUGCGUUCUGGCAGAAGGCACCUUAG